AGAAAGAAAGAAAGAAAAAAGGCGGGGUGUGGGGGAGGAAGCAGAUCACGGUGACCAAACCUCCUCAGCUCAGCCCCCAGCGGUCCAACCACGCAUGCGCACCACAACGACGACCGAGGCCGCGGAGCUGCCAGAACCUAAGAGGUCUUGAUAACCCAAAAGCAUUGUGCUUAUCGCAACUGAUAUUUACAGUUUCUCUUUGUGGACCUCAUAUUGCAAUAUGGCUGCCUAAGCCCCUUGAAAGGGACUAGAGUCUGAAGCCUGGGAGAUAGUUCCAAAUAAAUUAUUUUUCUCUAAGAAGUCUUAGUACUUCUUAGAAGUACUUGAAUACUAUGGCUGGUCAUAUAGGUUUAGUUAAUGAAUAUAAAAGUUUGGCAUUUCCCCCUACAAAGCAGCAACAUUCUAUUAAAUGCAAUAGCAAUCUAAUAGUUAAGCAACCUGGUUAAAAUGAUUCCAUAAGACUUCCCUGAAAAUGUAAAAGAAUACUCAUUCAGGACUGUUCAAAGCUUGUUGAUGUCCAGAGCAGGUUUGUAGUGGUUGACAGAUAUCAUUCUUGCCUUGACAUUCACACAGCUUUAUUGCUGUCUUUGGUGCAAGGCAAAAACACUGACAUCUUGAAUGCAAAUGGUUUUGCAUAUCUUGAAGAGAAACCUCAUCCCUACUUGAUUUUUUAAAAAGGCUUUUCAGCAUAUGUACAAAGAAGUUUUACAUAUGUAUAAAUACUACAUUUUUCUUUAAAGUUUCUUUGAUGGCAUCUCUAAUAAAGUCUUACACUUUUCUGCCCUGUAAGGGUUAUAGUUUUAAUCCUGUUCUCCGUAUUAUUAGGGAAACCAAUCUUGAAUCCUGAUCCUAAACUGUUACUUGGACAUCCAUUGAUUUAAGUGGUUUACAAGCUGCAUAGUAUAAUGCAGGCAGUUCCGAACUGCCUACAUUGCAUUGCACUGCACACCGUGUAAGCCAGUGGGAUUUGUGCCAUGAAUGCAUUAGUUUCUUCAUUGACACUGACAAAGACUUGCUUUCCUUGAGUGGUGACUAAGGGGCUAAUGAUGAAAAAGGAAGUGUUGUAACAGUUUGAGAGAAUGGAUUUUGAAAAGACAGUACAUUUCUAUUUGAUCAAAAGAAUUCAAAGUACUGUACUAAAUGAUGAGAUUCUGUAACUUGGAUUUUUUAAAAAAACCACCUGCAUGUAAUGUUUCACUUUCAGGUUCUUAUUUUAUUAUGGCCUGGAAGUUAAUCAGACUUGCAUGAAACUACCUCCCAGGCUUCAGACUCGUCCCUUACUCCCAUCCUGUUUCAUUAUGAACAUAGUGGGAAGCAGCUCUUUCCUGUCUAAACUGAAGAAUGGUGAUGUGAGUGAACUGAAGUAUGACUUGUCAUGUGAACUCUACAGGAUGUCCACUUUCUCGACUUUCCCUCUGGAUGUACCAGUAUCAGAAAGAAGCCUUGCACGUGCCGGCUUCUAUUACACUGGUGUGAAGGACAAAGUGAAAUGUUAUAAUUGUGGCUUGAUGUUGGAUAACUGGAAAAAAGGUGAUGAUGCUCUGGACAAGCAUAGACAGCUCUAUCCUAGUUGCAGCUUUCUUCAGAGUCUGACUCUGGUGAGCAAUCUUGGCCCAUCAUUUCAUUCUGCCUUUGCACCUCUAACUACCUCUGGACUGUCGUCUUCCAAUUCCACACCGAAAGCACCAAGUUUGGAUCAAGUUGGCUAUUUCAGCGGAAGGUUUUCAAGCUUUUCCCAGGAUCCAGUGACGUCCAGGGCAGUGGAAGAUCUGUCACAUUUGAGACCUAAAGCUUUCAAUUGUGCAAUGAGUUCUGAAGAAGUCAGGCUGCACACUUUCCAGGCAUGGCCUCUGCCAUUUCUGGCACCAUCUGCUUUAGCAAAAGCUGGUUUUUAUUAUAUAGGCCCUGCAGACAAGGUGGCUUGUUUUGCCUGUGGUGGUCAGCUGAGUAACUGGGAGCCAAAGGAUAAUGCUAUGUCUGAACACCGGAGGCACUUUCCAAACUGCCCUUUUGUGGAACAGACCCGAGACCAGCCCAGUUUCACAGUCUCUAAUCUGAGCAUGCAAACACAUGUGGCACGUGUCAACACUUUCAGAAACUGGCCAAUCACCAUUCCUGUUCAACCACAGCAGAUUGCAGAUGCUGGCUUCUAUUAUGUAGGUCGCAAUGAUGAUGUCAAAUGUUUCUGCUGUGAUGGUGGACUCAGAUGUUGGGAAUCUGGGGAUGACCCAUGGGUGGAGCAUGCUAAGUGGUUUCCAAGGUGUGAAUAUCUGAUCCAUGUGAAAGGGCAAGAGUUUGUUCAUCAAGUUCAAGCAAGGUUCCCCCAUCUUCUCGAACAGCUUCUGUCCUCUUCAGAUAUACCAGUGGAUGAAAAUGCUGAUCCAUCAGUUGUUCAUUUUGAACCUGGUGAACAUGCUUCAGAAGAUGCAAUCAUGAUGAAGACUCCAGUGGUUGAAGCUGCCUUGGAGAUGGGAUUCAGCAGAAGACUAAUCAAACAGACUGUUCAGAGUAAAAUCUUAACAACAGGAGAGAACUAUAAGACUAUAAGUGAUCUUGUGUCUGAUCUUGUUAAUGCAGAAGAUGAAAAGAGGGAAGAUGAGAAGGAGGUACAGUUGGAGGAAUCAACAUCUGAUCUCUCCUUAAUCCGAAAGAACCGAAUGGCACUAUUUCAGCGCUUAACAUGUGUGCUUCCUAUCCUGGAAAGUUUGUUAGCUUCCAGAGUAAUAACUGACCUUGAACACCAUGUUAUUAAGCAAAAAACCCAGACGUCUCUGCAAGCAAGAGAACUGAUUGAUACCGUCUUGGUGAAAGGAAAUGCAGCUGCAAACAUAUUCAGAAACUGUUUACAGGAAUGUGAUCCUGUGUUAUACAAAGACUUGUUUGUGGAGAAGAAUAUGACUUACAUUCCAACCGAAGAUGUUUCAGGCCUACCCAUGGAAGAACAGCUGAGGCGAUUACAAGAAGAGAGAACAUGCAAAGUUUGCAUGGACAAGGAAGUAUCCAUUGUCUUCAUCCCAUGCGGCCAUUUAGUGGUGUGUAAAGAAUGUGCCCCUUCCCUUCGGAAAUGCCCUAUAUGUAGAGGGACAAUCAAAGGCACAGUUCGGACAUUUCUUUCAUGAAGUCAUAAAACAUGCAAUUUUUUUUGUAUGCUUGAUUUGCACUCAGGACUUGCUAUCUGAAGUGAUUGUAACACACAAUGCAAGCAGUGCCGCCCAGGAUCCUCGCGUGACAUAGCAAGAGUUCCUAAGGCAUACCUUGUUGGAUCACCCAUAGUGCCGCAAACGGCUGCUUAGACUGUUAGGCCGGGAAAACGUGCCCUGUUGGUGCCUUGGAACCAAAUAGGGUGAUCCACUUACCUAGUCUGUUACAGCUGAUGAUGCACAGAAGUAGUUGCUAACUAUUGUGAACUGCUUUGAGAGACCUCCAGUAUAUUUUUCUAGCUCAGAAUAUCUUAUUAUAAAUAAAACCACUAUAUCAUAAAUAUCUAUAUCAUCUAUAUCUAUAUAGAUGAGAUGGCUGUAUUUUUGUUACUAACAAAAUUCUUGUAUUUAUUUGAAUAUAUUUGUAGGAUGUAUAUUGAAAUAAUGUUACAAAAAGCACUAAAAUUUAGUGUUUCUGUGAAAUAAAACCAUCUUAAUGGUAAAAGUC